GGAAAAUAUCCCCCAGUGAGAAUUAACAACAACAAAAAAAGAUAUAGUCAAAGCAAUUUCCUACUUCUUUCAAGUUCCAUAAUCAAAAGACUGUUAAAUCUAGGCAUAUUUCACAAUGAAUGCAUUUGCGUAAUAUUUUCUCCACUUCUCUGUAUGAUAUUCUUUGCUAUUUUGCGGGUAAGAGUUGGGAGUGAGAAAGAAUUAAGCCAUCGAUUUAUAGUUCAUUGGCUUAUUAUGCAGCAGUUUCCCUUUCUUCUUUUCAUAUACCCUUAGCGUGCGGGCGUCAAGGGCAUCCACAUGGCAUUUCCUGCUGUUUCACUACCAGAAGUCAAAGUACAUUAACAAAAAUCAACUUUCGUUUUAAUAGGUGAGGAACAAAACAUGACAGAAAGAGAUGCCUUCUGUAGGAGUGAAAUGUUUGAUCCAGCAGAAAAGUACAAAAUGGACCACAAGAGGAGAGGACUCGCUUUAAUCUUCAACCAUGAGAGGUUCUUCUGGCACCUGACGCUGCCGGAAAGGCGAGGCACCAACGCAGACAGAGACAACCUUACGCGCAGGUUUUUAGAUCUCGGAUUUGAAGUGAAAUGCUUUAACGAUCUGAAAGCAGAAGAACUACUGCUCAAAAUUCAUGAGGCAUCAACGUCUAGCCAUGUAGAUGCGGAUUGCUUUUUAUGCGUUUUCCUGAGUCAUGGCGAAGGCAAUCACAUUUACGCAUAUGAUGCCAAAAUUGAAAUUCAAACACUGACUGGCUUGUUCAGAGGAGACAAGUGUAAGAGCCUGGUUGGAAAACCCAAGAUAUUUAUCAUUCAGGCAUGUCGGGGAAACCAGCAUGACGUGCCAGUCAUUCCUUUGGAUGUAGUGGACCAUCCAGCAGACAGACUGGAUGCCAAUGUCACCCAGGUGGAUGCGGCCUCCGUUUACACCCUGCCUGCGGGAGCAGACUUCCUCAUGUGCUACUCUGUUGCAGAAGGUUAUUAUUCUCAUCGGGAAACUGUGAAUGGCUCAUGGUACAUUCAAGAUUUGUGUGAGAUGCUGAGAAAAUUCGGCUCCUCCUUAGAGUUCACAGAACUCCUCACACUGGUGAACAGGAAAGUUUCUCAGCGCCGAGUGGACUUUUGCAAAGACCUAAGUGCAAUUGGAAAGAAGCAGGUCCCCUGCUUUGCCUCCAUGCUAACUAAAAAGCUGCAUUUCUUUCCAAAAUAGAAAUAAGGCUGUUGUUGUUUUUUUAAUCUAUUUGUAGUCUAAAUAGAUUUCUCUUUUUAUAUAAAUAAGUGUCACUAGAUUGAAGCUUAUGGUAAGGCAAUUUAAAAUUCUUUAAGGUUUAACAAGAGAACUUUAAAAAAAUAGUUCAUAUUGGACAUGGUGAAAGGGUUUGGUAGAUAGAGAAACUAAAUCUAGGGAAUUACUAUAAAUAAAAAUCAACAAACAUUUGUAAUACUUGAUUUUUUUUAAGUUGCAAGGGUACUCAAAAUAUCUGGCUGAUUUAACUUGUAUUUUGUGAAUUUUUAAAUAAAGUUUUAUAAUGUUUUUAAAGA